AUGAGUCACGAGCUCACCCUCAUCGUCGCGGCGACGCGCAACAUGGGAAUCGGCGCCAAGGGCGGUCUCCCCUGGGCGGGGCUCAAGAAGGAAAUGGCCUACUUUGCGCGCGUGACGAAGAGGCUCCCAUCACAGGCCCCCCCGAACGCCCGCAACGCCGUCAUCAUGGGCCGUAAGACGUGGGAGAGCAUCCCCCCGAAGUUCCGCCCCCUCAAGGGCCGCCUCAACAUCGUCAUCAGCCGUUCCCACCCCGCCUGGGAUCCGGCCUCGGCACCCGCGACGCCAGACGCCGACGAGGAGCCCGUCAAGGUGGGCUCGCUGGAGCAGGCGCUCGCGUACUUGCGCGCCGACGGCGUCGCCAGCCGGUUGGGCAGGGUGUUCGUCAUCGGCGGCGCGCAGAUCUACGACGCCACGCUCCGGGCGCCCGAGGCGAGGAGGGUGCUGCUGACCAAGGUCCUUGCUGAAUUCGAGUGCGACGCCUUCUUCCCUCUGACGCUGAGCGACGAGGGGGGAAAGGCGGCGGAGGGGUGGAGGAAGGUCGAGAAGCCGGGUCUGGACGCCUGGGUCGGGGAGGAGGUCGAGGGGGGCGAGAUUGAGGAGAACGGGACGAAAUAUGAGUUCCAGAUGUGGGAGAGGGCUUAA